AUGGAUGGACCCUGCUUGUGCUCUUACAGAAAGCAACCGCUCAAGGAGCAAAAGUUCUACAUCGUAGAGGUGGAGGGCUUGCAAGGCUGGUCCUUUCGCGACCUGCUCUUCGCACUGGGAACGGCGAUCCCAAUCGGGUACGUGGCCUUUCCGGAAAAUGAGGUGAUGCUGCUGCCACCCAUGGACUAUGUUUUCGGAGGUAUGGAGAGCUUGAUCUGCUUGGCGGAGGACUCAUCCACCCUUCCGCGGUCAGUCGCGGCAGGCACCCACUACGAAGUUGCGCGGAAGCGCUCGAAGGCCUCGAAGAGCAUGAAACACAGAGGUUCGAUGGUCCAGGUGACGAGGCAGCAUGAAGCACUGGUGAUUGUUUUCGGCUGGAACGAAGCGAUUGGCUCCAUGCUGCACGAAGUAGACCUGGCAGUUGGACCCAAGUCCGACGUGAUCGUGUACUCCCCCCAAGAUAUCGGGCAUCGUGAGGAGUACCUGGAGGCUUCGCAGGUUCGACGAAACUGCCGGUUCCAGAACAUCACUGUGAAGCACAAGCAGGGAUUGCUGGGGGCGCGCUACAAGCUGGAGCAGCUGGCCCUGGAAGAAGCUGAGAAGAUCUUCAUUCUCGCCGACAGCUCGGCCCGAUCUGACGAAGCUGCAGACUGCGACACGGUGGCCACAUUGCUGCAAGUGCGAGACAUCUUCCGCGAGCGAGGGAAGCACCACCCCGACCUGGUAAUCAUGCCGCAAGUUCUGGGAAAACGCGCAGAGCACAAUUGCUGGAAGAGCGGCCUGAUCGACUACAUCAACUCCAACCGGCUCUCUUGCCAGGUCUUGGCUCAGGUUUGCCAAAGUCCCGAAAUUUGCAACCUUUUUGCAGAGCUCCUCCUCGGUGACACGGCCAGGAUCUGCAUCCGGCAUCUGUCCGACUAUGUCUGCGAUGUGGUCGAUGAGGAUGACCAUGAGGGCAGGCAGAUCAACUUCAGCGAAGUGCUUGCAGCGGUGUCCAAAGCUGGGGAGGUGGCCAUCGGCUGGUCCAGGUCAGCAGAAGAGCUUGAGAUGAAAGAAGUG